AUGAAAGUGCUAGGAGUUCUGCUUAUUUCGGCCUUGGCCCUGGUGGCUGCCGUUGAGAAGCCCGUUCCCUUCAAGGACGUACCGCUGGGCAGGAAGAUUAGCGGCAGGAUCACCAAUGGAUAUCCUGCUUACGAGGGCAAGGUACCCUAUAUUGUCACCCUGCUGUUCGACAACGGCGCCGGCAGUGGCUGGUACUGCGGUGGCUCGAUCAUUGGCAACACCUGGGUCCUCACCGCCGCUCAUUGCACCCACGGUGCCAACUCCGUGACCAUUGGCUACGGUGCCGUGUGGCGCCAGCAACCCCAGUACAGCCAUUGGGUGCACCAGAGCGACUUUAUCCAGCACCACGCCUAUGACACGAGCACCAUUAACAACGACAUCUCGCUGAUCCGCACUCCACAUGUGGACUUCUGGUCGCUGGUCAACAAGGUGGAGCUGCCGCGCUACGAAGAUCGCUACAACAACUACUACGGCUGGUGGGCCCUGCUCUCCGGCUGGGGCAAGACUUCCGAUACCAGCGGAGUGUCAGAUUACCUCAAUUGUGUGGACAUCCAGAUCGCUGAUAACUCCAUCUGCGAGGCCUACUAUGGCACCACCAGCAUCACCCCGAAUCACGUUUGCAUUUCCACUCCGGAGAACAAGGGAUCAUGCAGCGGUGAUUCCGGUGGCCCUCUUGUCCUGCACGACGACAACCGCCAGGUGGCCAUUGUUUCCUUUGGAUCCUCUGCGGGCUGUCUAUCCAACAGCCCUAAGGGAAUGACCAGGGUGACUAGCUACUUGGACUGGAUCCGUGACAACACGGGCAUUUCUUACUAAGACCUUGAUGGGUUUUGGUUUUUAAUAAAAUUAAUUGGAACUGUA